CACAGAGAAGCCGCGGUGCAUACUGGGAACUGUCGGAUCAGGUAAACGCUGUUAAUUCGGACUGUAUCCGACUGAGCAAGAACGGGUGAAUGACCGAGAUGGAGGCUUUACUUGGCUAUUUUGGAUUUAUUUAUCAACACUACAUUAAGGAAACUGGGAUUUAAGGUCAUUAUCGUAAUAUUUUAUUUUCAAUAUCUGGCUUAAAGUAGCCUAGGGACGUUUCACUCGACUUGUCCGUCCGUGUUUCCUCAGGCCUGGAUUACAGACAUGUUGUCAGGGGAGGAGAUCUUAUGCAGCACUCGGCAGGUGAUCGCAGGGCUGGAGGCUCUGCGUGGGGAGAACCGCACGCUGCUGGACAGCUUGCAGGGACCACUGCAGAGCCAGACAUCCAUAGAGAGCGGUAGCUUGGAACAGGAGAAGACCAGUAUCAUACUGGAGUCUCUGGAGAAGAUUGAGCUGGGCCUAGGGGAGGCACAGGUGAUGAUGGCGCUGUCGGCACACCUUGGUUCAUUAGAGGCGGAGAAGCAGAAGCUGCGUGCUCAGGUGCGGAGGCUGUGUCAGGAGAACCAGUGGCUGAGGGACGAACUGGCCCGUGCUCAACAGCAACUACAGGAGAAAGAACAGGAAGUUGUUACGUUAGAGGAGCAAAACAGACAUCUGCAGUUCAUGAACAGCAUUCGCAAAUAUGACCACGAAGAGGCACUUUUGGAGGAUAAAGAUAAAGAAUCAGGCAAGGAAUCCCUUGAUGAUCUUUUUCCUACGGAUGAGGAGGAGCAAUCUCACAUGUCGCAGCCCCACAGCAGAGCAGCCGCAGCUGCCCAGCAGGGAGGUUAUGAGAUCCCAGCCCGACUCAGAACACUGCACAACCUAGUGAUCCAGUACGCCUCUCAGGGCCGUUAUGAGGUGGCCGUGCCUCUCUGCAAGCAAGCGCUGGAGGACCUGGAGAAAUCCUCAGGCCACAGCCACCCAGAUGUUGCUACCAUGCUCAAUAUCCUGGCUUUAGUCUACAGGGAUCAGAACAAAUACAAGGAAGCCGCCAAUCUCCUGAAUGAUGCAUUGACUAUACGAGAGAAGACACUAGGCCUGGACCAUCCAGCAGUGGCAGCUACUCUGAAUAACCUGGCUGUGCUGUAUGGAAAAAGGGGGAAGUACAAAGAGGCAGAGCCACUGUGUAAAAGAGCUCUGGAGAUCAGGGAAAAGGUGCUUGGGAUAGACCACCCUGAUGUAGCCAAGCAACUGAAUAACUUGGCCCUCCUUUGCCAGAACCAGGGCAAAUAUCAGGAGGUGGAGCAGUACUAUGAACGCGCCCUGCAGAUUUAUCAGAGCCGAUUGGGACCUGAUGAUGCAAAUGUGGCCAAAACAAAGAACAACCUGGCCUCAUGCUACCUCAAGCAAGGGAAGUACAGGCAGGCCGAGUCUCUUUACAAAGAAAUUUUGACCCGUGCUCAUGACAAGGAGUUUGGCUCAGUGGAGGGGGACAGCCGGCCUGUUUGGAUACACACAGAGGAAGGAAGCUCUAGACAGGAUGGUCUGGGAACUCUAAAGCGCAGCGGAUCAUUCACCAAACUCCGGGAAUCUAUAAGGCGAAGCAGUGAAAAACUUGUUCAGAAGCUAAAAGGAGUCGGAACCCAGGAAGCAACUUCUCGAACUGCUGGGAUGAAGAGAGCUAAUUCCCUCAAUGUGCUUAAUGUGGGUGUACGAGAAAGCCAAGAGGUCGCCAUGAUGCCCAGCAGGUUGACAGACAAACGAGGGCUGAGCUCCAGCACACAAAGCUUAGCCCGUCGCUCAUCUCUGACUGGAGAUAGCUAACCUCCACUUCCAACAGAUCCAUGUGACAUCAGAACCCUGACAAGCUGUCAACUUGACAUCUAGAUGACCUGUAAUGACUGCAGAGAUCAUAUUAAGUAUGUGAGUAAUAGUAUGUGGAUGAUAAAUGUGUCUCCACAUUGUUGAGUCAAAAGGGUCUUGUAAGUAUAAUCCUGGUAAAAGAAAACCACGGUUACUAAAGGAAAGCUCUUUUAAAAAAAAACUGGUUCUGGUACUGGUCUCCAUACACUUCAAACCCAGUUGCACUAUAAAAUGUUACAAAAAUGUUUAACCUAUUGUUUUCCUAAUCAGUCACAUUGCUACGAAUGUAAUUUUUAUCAUGUUAUAUGUGUGUAACCUGUGUAGUGCAGGAUACACUUUGUGCAAUGUUUACUUUUGUAGCCGAUGUGUAAUACAUUCCAUGUCCUUAAUGCAUCGUAAAAUAGAUAACAGUAGUAUUAAAAAACUGAUUUUAAGAUUUAUCUAGAGCUGGAAAUGUUCACUUUAAAUUGCACUUAACUAAAUGCACAUGAAGGCUGUUACGUUCAAAAAUAAAUGCAAUUGUACAUGACUUUCAUGAGAUUAUUUGUACAAUUCCAAGGUCAAACAAUUGUACUGUAGUACUAGUGUGCGUAUCAAAUAAGGGACUUUUCAUUUCAAGCACAUCUUAUUAUAAUGAUAUUUAUGUAAACUCUUCAAUAGAAUAGAUUUUUAUAAGCAUAAUCGAAAAUUUUUCACAUUCAUAUAAAUUUAGCUAGCUAGUGGCAAAUCAGUGUUUGGGUUUACAUUUUGUUAUGGUUAAAUGUUGCAUAUUACAUAAGGAACAUAUUUAUCCACUGUUUGUUUUUGAUGAACCAAAUAAAAUGUACACCACAAAUC